UUUCGAAAAGCGGGCCGUCGAAUAGAAUGCGAGCAUUUUUAAGAGCUUCACUUGAUAUUGAAAUGUAUCGUUAUUUGUGUGCGGUGUUCUUUACCAUCUUAAUUUUAUUUCUAAGCGUUGCAGCUACCUCUGCUUCUGAAGAUCACUGGGAUGACCAGGCUCGAAUCGAAAAAGAAUGUGCGCCGUACUGCCUGAAAGUAUUUCUAUGGAACACUGUGAAUAUGAACCAAAAGAUUGAAGCCUGCGAUAAAAAGAAUGAGCAGAUGGCGGCUCUGCAAAGCCAGUUGGCUGUUUCAAAAGUCAAGGAAACCAUGUAUGAAAAAACAAUUAGGGAAAAAAAUGUUCACUGCAAAAGUGAAGAGCAACUUUAUGCUGAUGUAUCCUCAAUAAAACACAAAAUAGACAAUAUGGCAGCUCAAACGCAAAGCGAAAGUAAACUGUUGCAAAUAUUAAAACAACUAGAAGACUACAGAGUAACUCUAGAGCUGAAGAACGAACAAAUAAGAUCAUUGGAAACAAAAUUGCAGAUCAGCGAGUAUUUAUUAGAGAAUUGCAAGGCAAAUUUUACAGCUAGUCCAGCAGAUCUGAUGAUAAUGGAUAGCAAACGAGAAGCGGAUCAUAAGGUUUUCGAAACAAGCUGCUUGCAAGCUGGAAACUCGUCAGAUAUUAGGGAAAUCCAAGUUCCGGGAGCAGAAGCUUUUCGCGUGCCCUGCGACGGAAGAAUCGCUGGGCCCGGCUGGAUGGUGAUUCAGCGACGUGUGGACAAGAGCGUGGACUUCAAUCGAGGCUGGGCUGAAUAUAGGACUGGUUUUGGCGAUCUUGAGGGCAACUUUUUCAUAGGCUUGGAGAAACUGUAUCGCAUGACAAAUUCACAGCCGCAUGAGCUGUAUAUAUAUUUGGAAAAUUUUGAAAAUGAAAUUCGCUUUGCUCGCUACGAUAAUUUUAGUAUAGCUAGCGAAGAGGAUGCUUAUCAACUAAAAGUUUUGGGUAAAUAUUCCGGGGAUGCUGGCGAUGCCUUGAUGUUGAAUAGAAACAUGAAAUUUACCACAUUUGAUCGGGAUAAUGACAAACGCGACUUCGAUAACUGUGCAAUAGAGCGCCACAGUGGAUGGUGGUACAGUCAGUGCGCACGAUCAAAUCUGAACGGCCGAUAUUUUGAAAGAGAGUUGGACAAAUGGGAAGGCAUUUGGUGGUGGAAUUGGCAAGAAACGCGCACUCUUAAGUCCGUGCAAAUGCUGAUUAGACCAACGAUCAAUUCGACGGAAACGAAUUGAGCCAGCAUAAAAUAAUUAUUUGUUUAAAUAUAUUAAAAAACUUUAA